AUGACUGAGGGACGUUGCAACUGCGGAAGCAUCAAGGUUUCCAUUCCUGCUUUACCAGAGCAAUCCGCUAUCUGCUACUGUGCCAACUGCCGGCGUGCCGGAUCAUGCGCUGGAUCCAUUAUCUACAUGUUCGACAAAUCUGAGGUCACAGUCAAUGACUCGAGCAACAAUCUUAAGAAUUACAAGGACAGCGACACAAAGAGUGGGAAUUCGAUUACUCGACAAUUUUGCGGCAACUGCGGGUGCCCCAUUGCAUCUUUAGUGGGUGACGACUCGCCAAAAAUGUUCUUGAAGGGUGGUCUGUUUGACAAUAUUCCUGCUCCGGGCUUCAAAUCAUUUGAGCAGGAGGAGCCGAGCUGGCUGAAGAUUGUUUAG